UUCAAAUGACAAAAAAAGUGAGGUAAUUGGAAACGAAAGAGAAUGAGCAUUCUAUUCACUCAAAUGUUUUCUUCUCUCUUCGGCAGCAGAGAAGCUCGAAUCCUCGUCCUUGGCCUCGACAAUGCCGGCAAAACUACAAUUCUCUAUCGGCUUCAAAUGGGCGAGGUAGUCUCAAAAAUUCCAAGUGGGCUGACCAGUAUCAGGCCAUAUUGGAGAUGCUAUUUCCCAAAUACUCAUGCGGUGAUUUAUGUUGUUGAUUCGAGUGAUACUGAUAGAAUUCUAAUUGCCAAAGAGGAAUUUCAUUCAAUUUUGGAGCUUAAUGGGCUGUCGGAUGGCUGAUUAAUGUCUUCUAACUGUUGAGUAGGAGACGGAAAGGUGCCGCUGCCCUCAUUUUUGCAAAUAAGCAGGUCACAAAUUUUCUCCUCCAUUCUUAAUGAUAUAUUUUGAAUGUCUUAUGUUCUGUUGGUUGUAUCAGUUAUGGUCAGAGAUUGGUUUGUGAGGCUAGCUGACCUAAACAGGUCUUUCCAUUCUCCAGACAUAGUGAAGGGGGAAGUGCCAAGUUCAGUUUGCUCAUGGUUGUAAUAUUCUGCCGACAGGAUUCUCAACAUUGUUUUUUGUAAUUUUCUUAAGGUUAAAAGCAUAUUUGACAUGAAUAGGAUCUCCCUGAUGCACUUGAUGCUGCUGCUGUGAGCGAGGCUUUGGAGUUGCCCAAAAUGAAAAAUUGCCAGUGGGCCAUCUUUAAAACUUGUGCUGUCAAGGGUGAAGGGCUAUUUGAGGGCUUGG